AUGGCCAGUCCAGACGACCAGAAGCUCGCCGAUCUCGUCAACAACCUCGCAAGCCUGAUUCAGAUCCUCCACAUCAACCGGUCCAUCUCAAAACACGUCCAAAACCCCGACGACCACAUCCUGGCCACAGCCUUCUCAAUCAACCUCUUCAUCCCUGUCCGCACAUGCACCGAACUAGGCGUCUUCACGCUGCUCUCUUCCGCGUCACCAAACCCGCUCACAUCUGCGGCCAUCGUGGAGGCGGUCCACGCCGAGGAAUUGCUGAUCGUGCGGUUCAUGCGCGCCGUCUGCGCUCUGGAUUUCGCCGACGAAGCCACUGGCAGCCCGGGCCACGUAUAUCGCUAA